AUGAAUCGAGAGUCUGGCACUGUCACGUUCUUGCACCGAACAGUGGUGGACUUUUUGAGAACUCGAGAGAUGGCAGACUUUCUCAAUAACAAAGCACCUGCUAGAUUCAACGUCUACAUCUGUCUCCUCAAGGUGUACACUGCAGUGAUCAAAAGAUCCCAGUUCAAAGAAUGGGUCAUUCGAGCAGAAUUUGGUGUGUACAGGAAAUGUCACUUGCAAGUACUAGUGAGAAAUGUUCUAGCUCGCGCCGCAGACCUGGAAGGGUCACACCUUUCUAACAUCGUCAUGUACAAAACAUUGGAGGAGCUUGAUCGUAUUAUGCCGAUCAAAUUUUCCCUGGCGCAGGCAAGACUCAUGGCGGGGGCCCCAGCCGAGGGUUUGAUCCGAGAGCAGUUGAUAAAAAGGCAGCACGUGGGCUUCCUCGCCUGGAAGAUGGCGCGGGAGCCGAACUAUCUCUCAGGGUUGGGUAGCCCACGCAUCCUCCGCAUCGUGGCCGAGAGAAAUGAUAUUCAAGAGUUGGGCAAAAACACCCAGUGGCGCAGUCGGGGCGUUGGGAUGCUGCGCAUUUUCCUGGAAACUCAAGACUUGGGUCCGGACGACACCCAAGAGCUGGAGACGCCGGGCCACCCUUAUUGA